ACUACUCAAUUGAUAACGAAUAAACGUCAAGCAUUUAACCUUAAACGAAUCUAUUAAUUCGUAUAAAUAACAUUUUCAAAAUUAUUGUAUAUUUUAAAAAAUGAAUAACUUUGAAAUUGAAGACUUUUAUCACCAUGACUUUACGACAGCUUCAGAAUGGGAAGUGUUUAUUGCAAGAUUGGAAGAAAUUAUGCACGAAUGGAAAUUACCAAAUACAAAAAUCGGUCCAUGCUUAAAAUCCGGAGAUUUUGUCAACUAUCAAUGGAACGAAAAUUCGGAAAAACUUCAUUUUGCUGAUGCAGAAUUUACAUUGAAACAUUUCAAAUUGAAAUUGGAAGAUAAAGAUACAGAUAAUCCUUUAGAAGAAAGCGAUGAAGAAAAAAUACAAUGUCAUAAGGAUGCAUUAAAUGCAUCAAAUGAUUUUACUAGAAUUGAUGGAAAUCAUUUAGAAAUAGCUCGCUAUUAUGGCAUUAGAGAAUUUCUUGUUUUACAAUCCUCUAAAAAAGAUUCUGUGAUGGAUGAAACUAAAAUUAGAAUUUUACUUAGUUCUCUUGCAAUUGCAGCAACUAAUGCCAAUUGUGAUAUACCUGCAUUAGUACAAGUACAAGAACCAUGGCAAAAAAUGUAUCUUGGAACAAGUAUUGGAAAAGGAAUUUGCACUCACUUUGAUAUGGUACACUUAAAAAAAGUACCUUUGCACUGCAAGUACCUAACUGGUUUACUUGCUUUAUUCAAACAGAAAGUUGGAGAAGGUUGUGGAACAAGACUUGAUCCUGUGAUGAUAUCUGUAAGGUUUUCAUAUUUGUUGAAAGAUUGGACUAAUAGCACAUGGACUCAAGAGCCUCCAGAUUUUGAUUUCAUGCAAGGAGAAACAUUAGGUGUAGCUGAACUUGGAAAACUUCCAUUUGGAGCAACAUAUGAUCCAAUUGCGGAACUUCACUUAUUUGCCACAUGGCCUGAAAUGUCGGAGAAUGUAGUUGUCGAUAGUGAAGGUUUUACAGAUUUAGAACCACAGUUUGCCCUUGAAUGGUCUGUACAAGUGAAAAUGGUUUCUUCACCAGUCUGUUUACUUGGAGAAUAUUUAACAGAUUUUUUACAUCUUUGUAAUAAUCAAAAAACUAUAAUAGAUUUAUUGGGUGAUGCUGUUAUUUAUGCUCAACAAGAAGAUCAAGCAUUCAGUUCGGUUUUUAACAUAUUAACAGAAUCUAAAAUACCAACAAUUUCAACAGUUGUUAGUAAAGCAACUACAAAGAAGAAUAAAGAUAUAGAAGGACCAAUACCAGAAGAAAUACUAUUGUCAAUACUUUAUUUUCUCUUUCCUGAUGCAGAAGAAAAUUCUAAAACUCCCUAUGGUGACUUGACUAUAUUUAAUGUGGAUGAAGAUCAGGGAAAAGGUGUAAAAACAUGUGCAAUGGAUAGUUUAGUGUGGCGUCUUGCAGUCGUUGCAGCGCAUUGUACGCAUAAUCUCGGAGGAGCAGCAGCAUUAGCACAAUUAUGGUACGAAUUCGUCCAAGAAAUUAGAUUUCGAUGAAGGAAUAUUCUUAUAUCUGGAGUCAGUCCUGGUUUUCCAGAUUCAGUAAGAACAUGUAUAUUGCAUCAAAAACUUCAGAUGAUGAAUUGUUGUAUUGAAAAAAAGAAAGCAAGGGAAGAAAUGGCACAUAAAUCUCAAAGUAUAGAUACUGAUGAAUUUGAAACAGCAGAAUCAGAAGAAGAAGAGUUUUUCGAAUGCACUAGCGAGGAACCAGCAAACGAGGACGAUUCAACGAGGACACAGCUGAAAGCGAAACAUCUAUUAUGGAACAAACCUGCAGGACGAUUAGCCAAACAUCCUUCUCUCAAGUUAAUUCAAAGUGGAGAUCCUCUUUAUUUGCCGAUAACGCAAGAUCCUGUACCAAAAACAGAAGAUCAACUCGAAGAAGAUGCUCAAGUAAUGAUGCAGCUUGGAACUGAUAAACAUGCUUCAGAAAUGCGAGCUAGAUUAAUGAGUGCCUCAUUAUUAUCUGAUAUGGAAUCUUUUAAAGCAGCAAAUCCUGGAGCAGUUUUAGAAGAUUUCAUUCGUUGGUAUUCUCCAAGAGAUUGGAUUGAAGAAGAUGAAAUAGAUGAAUGGGGUCAACUUAAAGGACAUUUAUCAGCAAGAAUGUUAAUUCCGAAUAAUCCAUGGUCUACAACUUGGAAUUCAGCUCAACCUGUACCUGCUCAUCGACAGAAACGAUUGUUUGAUGACACAAGAGAGGCUGAAAAAGCUUUGCAUUUUUUAAGUACAAAACGUAUAGGUCAAAUUGCUCAACUUCUUUUACCAACUUUAACUCAUGCAGCGCUUCAUACUUUAAGCGAACAAAAACAAGAUGCUCUACCAAAUCUACUUGAUGUGGCAUCCAGUAUACUUAAUAAAUUACAGUAUGCGACGAAACCUAUUCAUCAAAAAUUAUAUAUAUAUGAGGAAAUUAUUCGAGAUAUAGAAGGUAUAGAAGCUCUUGUUGCUCAAGUAAAUUCAUUACAACAUAAAUUAGGAGGAAAUAACGAUUCUAAAGAAUUUACUUCGUUUCUCGUCCAAUUAAUGCGUGGAAAGGAAGUGGAAGUACCAGAUGGAUCUAGAGGAAAUAUCGGUUCUCGAAUAACAACAAUGUUUAGGGAUGCUCAAAAAGCUGCUCUUGUAAUGUCUUCUCUCAACAUUAAUCCAGAAAUAGAUGCUAUUGGAGACAGUAAAUUUAAAUCAUUUCCAGAACCUUGCUGUAAAGAAUUUAUUCUACGUAUUGUAACACCACGGCCUUCACCAACAUCAACAGCACAACCUCAAAGAUUAUAUGUCUGUCUCAAACGAGAUGAUAUUCGUUUAGCUGGAUUCUUUUCGGAGGAUACAAUAUUUUUGUAGUCCAUAUUUCAACAUUUUUUUAAUAAUUACUUGAUAAGUACUAGAAGUUCAGUUAUUUCUAUCAUUUUAUGUCUUUCAGUUAUAUGAAAUAUAAUAUUAUUGUUAAAAUAUAUUUUCUAAUUACGUUAAUUCAUUUGUUUUGAUUUUCGUAUUAAGUAUAUAUAUAAUUAUUUCAUUGUUUCCAUAAAAAAUAGCAAUCAAUUUAAUAUAAAUGAUAUAAAAUAAUAAAAAUGAUAAAACGUA